UGAAAGUGAACAAAACAGAAAUACUUUGCUACAGAUGCAGCCUUUCUUUGUGUAGGGGUAAGCGGAGCUCUGGAGAAUGACGACCUUUCCAGAAUGGUGAUGGUGUUGGCUGCCACCAAUUUUCCCUGGGACAUCGACGAAGCUCUAAGAAGGAGGCUGGAGAAAAGGAUUUAUAUACCAUUGCCGACAGCAAAAGGCAGAGCGGAAUUGCUGAAGAUUAACCUUCGUGAAGUAGAUCUGGAUCCUGACAUCAAUCUAGAAGAAAUUGCUGAGAAGAUUGAAGGCUAUUCUGGCGCUGACAUUACUAAUGUCUGCAGGGAUGCCUCUCUUUGAUGGCGAUGAGGCGGCGUAUUAACGGUUUAAGCCCUGAAGAGAUCCAGCGCU